GCUGUCGGAGGGGCGGGACUUCCUGCGCGGGAGCCGGAGGGGCUCCACCGUCGGGCUCUCCGUGGUCUCGGCUCGCGUGGUGGCGGCGGCGGAGCGCCUCGGUGAGGAGGUGCGCGGGGACAUGACGUCAGCGUCCACAAAGGUCGGAGAGAUCUUCUCCGCGGCCGGCGCCGCCUUUACGAAGCUCGGGGAGCUGACGAUGCAGCUGCAUCCCGUGUCUGACUCUUCUCCAGCGGGUGCGAAGUGGACGGAGACGGAGAUAGAGAUGCUGAGGGCUGCUGUGAAGCGAUUUGGGGACGAUCUUAAUCACAUCAGCUGUGUCAUCAAGGAACGGACAGUGGCUCAGAUAAAGGCCACUGUGAAACGAAAGGUUUAUGAAGACUCUGGCAUCCCCCUUCCAGCUGAGUCACCCAAGAAAGGACCCAAGAAGUUGGCAUCUGGUGUUCUGUCGCCUCCUCCAGCUGCCCCUCCACCCAGCAACUCCAGUGUCUCUGAGGCAGGGGGUCCCCCCAUAAAGAAACAGAAGGCUGAUGUGACACUUAGUGCUCUGAAUGACUCCGACACCAACAGUGACCUGGUGGAUAUUGAAGGGCUAGGAGAAACUCCUCCAACCAAGAAACUCAACUUCGACCAGGACAGCCUGACCCUGGAUUCUGGCCUUCUCACAACCUCCACUGAUGUUCCUCUGCGCUCCUGCUGAGUCUUCUGCCCCUGACCCUCUCACUGUUCACUGUGGACCUGUGGAUUGCCUGGCAAUGGAGCAAAGCCUGCGUGAGAGCCGGUCAGAAGGCUGAUGGGGCCACCACCUGGCUGUUCCUGAUAACUAUCUGCUCCUACACCCAGACCUUCAUCUAAUGGACAAUUUUAUACAUAAAACAAUAAAGAGUUCUCUCUCAGCAUGGUA